AUGACCAACAAUACAAAUAACGUCCUCAUCGUCGGCGCGACCCGCGGCCUGGGAGCAUCGCUCACGAAACUAUACGCAUCCAAACCGUCGACCACCGUCUACGCCACGACGAGAGGCAGCUCUCCGCCAUCGUCGUCGUCCGACAGCAGCAGCAGGAACACAAAAUGGCUGGUGAACAUUGACGUCUCGCAGCCAGACGUAGGCGAGAAACUGACUUCGCAGCUGUCUUCGCCCAACAAGCUCUCCAUCUCCGCCGCAAUCAUCUCAGCCGGAUACUUUGGCUUCGAGACCUUCGACAACCCAGACUGGGACAAGCAGGUGAAGAUGUACACGACGUCAGCGAUCGGUCCCGUGUUUGUCGUGCACCACCUCGUCAAGGCCGGGCUGCUGGGCGCAGGCAGCAAGGUAAUCCUGGUCAGCAGUGAGAGCGGCAGCAUCACGCUGCGGCACGAGACCGAGGGGGGCGGCAACUACGGGCAUCACGCGAGCAAGGCAGCGCUGAACAUGGUGGGCAAGCUGCUCAGUCUGGAUCUGAAGGAUCGGGGCAUUGCCGUCGGGCUGGUCCAUCCGGGGUUUAUGCGGACGGACAUGACGAGGGGGGUGGGUUAUGAUAAGUAUUGGGAUGUGGGGGGUGCUAUAUCGCCGGAUGAAGCGGCUGAAUCGCUGGCAUCUUUCAUCGAGGGCUUCGAUCUCAGCAAGACAGGCCAGUACUGGGCGCCGAGAGGACCGAGGGACAUUGGUACUGCAGAAGCUGUGCUGGGAAAAGAUCUUCCCACGCCGCUGCAGUUGCCGUGGUAG